AUGGUGGACGGUACGAAGCUUCCCAUCCACGGCGAAGCAUCACUGCAGCUGCACAUAGGUGCGUUACGAUGGAAGCCGACGUUGCCGAUCACGAACAUCAAGGGUUUAGAUUUCAUCUUGGGGCGAGAUUUCCUGAAGCGGUUCAACCCCGAGAUCGAUUGGGUCAACAGCAAGGUGUGCAUCUACAACAACGGGAAGCGGAUAGAGCUGCGAAGCUGGACGGAUACAGGGGACGUUCCUGAAACGACACUGGCACGGUUCGAACGGACGGUGAACGAGAGUAACACGGGUUACUUAGCACUGGUCAUGGCAGCAGCAGAGGAGGAGAAGCCGAGUUCCGAGCUACCUGCAGCAGUGAAGGAGGUCUUGGAGCAGUACAAAGACAUAAUGCCCGACGACCUACCCACAGGCGUACCUCCAGCGCGCACCCACGAGCACGAGAUCGUGGAGGAACCAGGUGCGAAACCCGUCUCACGUGCACCAUACCGACUGAGUCCGACCGAACUGACAGACAUGAAGAAACAGAUCGAAUAUCUACUGGACAGACAACUGAUCCGCCCAUCCACCUCUCCCUACGGCGCACCAGUUCUCUUCACACCAAAACCAGACGGCAGUUUACGGAUGUGCAUCGACUACCGCGCACUGAACAAACAGACAGUCAAGAACAAAUACCCCAUACCGCGCAUCGACGACUUACUGGACCAACUGCGUGGUGCAACAGUCUUUUCGAAGCUGGACCUAAGGUCGAGUUACUGGCAGAUCAAGAUGGCAGACAACUCGAUCCACAAGACGGCGUUCCGUACGAGAUACGGCUCCUACGAAUACUUGGUGAUGCCGUUCGGACUUUGCAACGCACCAGCGACGUUCCAGGCGGAGAUGAACCACAUCCUACGGCCCCUGCUGGACGAGUGCGUCGUGGUGUACCUGGACGACAUUCUCAUCUACUCCAAGAACAUGAAGGAGCACGUGGAGCAUCUACGGAAGGUGUUCGAGAUCCUGUGGUUCAACAGGAAAACUCCUUUCUUCCUGUGUUACGGACGGGAACCACUCACACCACAGCAGCCAACCACACCGGCACACGUCCAAGCCGCACACGACUUCGUCACCACCAUGCAGCAGCUAUGGGAGAAGACUCAGCGGCGUCUCACCACGAUGCAAAACUCCCAGAAGCAGUAUGCCGAUCGCCAACGACGAGAUCACUCAGUAGCAGUCGGAGAUCAGGUGCUUCUCGACACGCGCAACUUGAACCUGUCACACCUACCAUCCAAACUCCGGCCUCGCUUCUGUGGUCCAUUUCUCGUGGAGGCACAGGUGACACCAGUUACAUUCCGCUUGCGCUUACCAGAUACGUGGAAGCUUCACAACGCUUUCCAUGUUCAGCUACUGAAGCCCUACAAGGACCCCAACCAACAGUUCCAGGGACGGCAGCUACCGCCACCACCACCUGUUCUUGUGCAGGAUGAACCGGAGUACGAGAUCGAGCGCGUUCUCACUCAUCGGCGCCGCGGCGGCAAGACCCUCGAGUUCCUGAUGCGCUGGAAGGGAUACGACCCCAUUGAGGAGAGUUGGUUGCCAGAAGCUGAUAUGGGCAACGCACGCCGUGCUCUCAAAGACUAUCUUGUCAAGCAGGGUGUAUCUCACGCCACCCAGCUUUGA